UGUCUGUUGUUUAGACGAUAUAAUAUACAAACACGCGUCGUUUUGCCGAUCGUCCGUCGAUACUUACUAUUAUUGUUCUUAUAUCCUUAAAGUUUUUACUUUAUUAAUUACGUAUCGAACGUCUAAGUUACGUUUAACGCGUUAUUCACGAACCGCUUAUCUACAAAAUGGCAGAUGCCGAUGAUCUUUUGGAUUAUGAAGAAGACGAGCAGAACGAAACCGUUGAGAGUGACGACAAAAAACAAGCAAAAAAAGAAGUCAAGGGUAAUUAUGUGUCCAUUCACAGUUCCGGUUUCCGUGAUUUUUUGUUGAAACCGGAAAUUCUGCGAGCGAUAGUUGACUGUGGUUUUGAACAUCCAUCUGAGGUCCAACACGAAUGUAUACCUCAAGCCAUGUUGGGUAUGGACAUUCUUUGCCAAGCUAAAUCGGGUAUGGGUAAAACUGCAGUGUUUGUCUUAUCCACUUUACAACAGUUGGAAGUGUAUGAAAGUGAAGUUUAUGCUCUUGUCUUAUGCCAUACUAGAGAACUGGCUUUCCAAAUUAGUAAAGAGUUUGAGCGUUUCACUAAAUACUUGCCAGCCGUCAAAGUUAGUGUGUUUUUCGGUGGUGUACCUAUUACAAAAGAUGAAGAUACGCUUAAAAACAACAAGCCACAUGUAGUUGUUGGCACUCCUGGCCGUAUAUUGGAAUUGAUCAGGAAAAAAAAAUUGGUUCUAAAUAAUCUGAAGCAUUUUAUUUUGGACGAAUGUGAUAAAAUGUUGGAAAUAUUACACAUGCGAAGUGAUGUUCAAGAGAUUUUCAAAAAUACACCAUUCAACAAACAAGUUAUGAUGUUCAGUGCCACACUUAGCAAAGAUAUAAGACCUGUUUGUAAAAAGUUUAUGCAACAGCCAUUGGAAGUAUAUGUUGACGACGAUGCAAAAUUAUCAUUACAUGGUCUUCAACAAUACUAUGUUAAACUCACUGAAAAGGAAAAAAAUAAGAAACUGUUUGAUCUUUUGGAUGAACUAGAAUUCAAUCAGGUUAUUAUUUUUGUUAAAUCUGUUCAACGAUGUGUUGUAUUGACAGAACUUCUGAAUGAACAAAAUUUUCCAUCUGUUGCAAUGCAUGGUGGUAUGUCUCAACAAGAUCGUUUAAAGUUCUAUCAAGAAUUUAAAGAUUUCCAAAAACGGAUAUUGGUGGCUACUAAUUUAUUUGGGCGAGGAAUGGAUAUUGAACGUGUUAAUAUUGUUAUUAAUUAUGAUAUGCCAGAAGAUACAGAUACAUACUUACACAGAGUGGCAAGAGCUGGUCGUUUUGGUACCAAAGGAUUAGCAAUUACAUUCAUUUGUGAAGAAACUGAUGCAAAAGUUUUGAAUAGUGUUCAAGAUAGAUUUGAUGUAACCAUUGGUCGAAUGCCCAAUGAAAUUGAACUUAGUUCUUAUGUCGAAAGGAAAUAAUUUUUGUAACUCCUUAUAUUUAUAUGAAAUUUAACAAAAUAACAAUUAUAUUAUGAUAGCUUAUAUGAUAACUUAUGAUUUUUCCAGUUUUGCAAAAUUUUAUUUCUUUUUUUUAAAUGUAAUAAAUGUGAUUUCCUUCACUCAUGAGUAUUAUUCCGGAACUCAUUAUAAUAUAAAAUUUGAAAAUAUGUCUUUUUUGCAUUU